UUUCAUUAAAAUCCCAUAUACAUGAACUGACAUCAUCAGUGAUAUAUUAUAAUCAAGAAGCACUUAUAAAAAAAGUAAUUCUGGUGACCGGUGGUAGUUCAGGCAUUGGAUAUGAAGUGUCUAAAGCUCUCUAUAAUAUAGGUAUGGACGUAAUUAUUGCAAGUAAUCAACGAAUUGAGGGUGAAUAUGCAAUCAAAAAAAUUAUAAAUGGCAAUGAUGAUAAGUUUAAGAAAGGGAGAAUAUCCUAUCAUUAUUUGAAUCUUUUAGAUCCAGUAUCGAUCGUAACCUUUUCAAAUGUCUUAAAAUUAAAAUAUAAAAAAAUUGAUGUAUUAAUUAACAAUGCAGGUAUUAUGUCACCAAAAUCUAAGAAUUAUUCUGAAGAUGGUUACGGUAAAAUAUGUUUGCUGUUAAGCUUAGUGAAUAAUGAUUAUAAAUUAUUCCAAAAAAUGGAUAUUAAAAACCAAAUAAUAAUAAAUGACAAGCAUUUUAUAAUCAAUUUUUUGGGACCUACACUUUUAACAUAUCUACUUCUUCCUUUAUUACAAAACAAUGAUGGAAAAUAUGCAGAAAAUUAUGAUGCACGUAUAAUAAACUUAUCAUCUGUUUUACAUUAUAUUGGGAUCCUUGACAUUGAUAACCUUGAUGGCAAGCACUACUCCUCAGGUCACGCUUUCUACGCUCGCUCCAAGCUUGCCCUAACAGCUUGGACCAUUAGCCUAGCCAACAUACUAUCACCCAGUAGGAAAGGAUCGCCUUUUGAUAAAUUUUUACCCAAAAUUCUGGAUAAAUCUCACCACGGUAACAGGGUCGUAAAUGUCAACUGUUGCCACCCAGGUAUCAUAUAUACUCCCGGGCUGUACCAACACUUCGCUAGCCCCGUCUUGAUGUUGGUAAAACUCUUAAAUUGGUUAGAUCUACUACGUAAACCCAUUCAAGGAGCCCAAACUAUUUUGUACCUAGCAUUGGCACCUGAAUUGGGUAAUUCUACAGGCCUAUACUUCGAUAAUUGUCGCCCUAUCUUACCAUCCAGUCUUAGUCGUUCUCCAGCUAUUCAAGAAGCGGUCAUGGAAUUAUCGCAGGCUUACGUAGCUCCCUAUCUUUAGAAUUGAUAAACCAAGAUUUUCACAUUGGAGCAAUUUGCAUGGAGGCAGACCUCCAGGACUCAUCACUCUUCUUGGAAAAUUCAAGCUUCAACAUCCUUCGAAGAUCGAGAAUGCCAAACUCUCCGCAUUUUAUGUUGCCACCCAACAAGGAGUCACGGCAUGAGUUACACGCUUAGCCAGGCUCAAUAAAGAAUGCAA